AUGUUUUGUUUUGUGAUAUUAUUAUUUAGUAGUUUCGUACCUAUUUCGUAUUUGAAGCACUACUGCACAACAAACUUACAUCGAAUUUCGUCUUCGAACUCAAUACGCUCUUGUCUUUUAAUUGACAUUAUUAUCUCAAACAUGGCACAACCUGAAGUUGAAAUGUCGGAAUUGGAAGAAUUACAAACCAAAAAAUUAUGGCAUCAAUUGACUUUAAAACUUUUGGCCUAUGUUAAGGAUACAAACAUUCAAAAAAAAGUCGACUUGUUGAAUUUCUACAAUAAAUUUAUUCAACCAAUAGAAAGCAAAAUGAAUUCUUUUGCUUUGGUUGAAAUUGUUUCGUAUGUCAUUCCAUUUAUCAAGGAACCAAAAGAAGCAGUCGUAUUUUUAGAAAUUCUAGAACCGAAAGUUAAAGACAAAGUUGAAGCUUUAAUUUUUGCUAAGGUUCUAAAAGGUGAAAUACUUUUGGAUAAAUUGAAAAAUCAACAAGACUGCUUGGUCGUCAUUACUGAUGUUGAUAAAUUGCUGAGUGAUCUGGAUGAAAUAUCCCCUGUGCAUAGUCGGUAUUAUUUGUUGGCCAGUCAUCUGUAUCGUAUUCAAGGAAAGCACACUGAAUACUACCGCACUUGUUUGAAGUAUUUGGGUUCAAUUGACUUGUCUACAAUUAGCCAACCAGAUCAAAUAAGAAACGCAUUUUUAUUGGGACUUGCUGCGUUGCUAAGCGAUGACAUCUAUAAUUUGGGUGAGCUGCUCAUGCAUCCCAUUUUAGAUUCGUUAAACAACACAACAAAUUAUUGGUUAGUAGAACUGUUAAAUGCGUUCAACACUGGAGACAUCACAAAAUUUGCCAAAAUGAAGCCACAGUGGGCUUCCAUACCUGAUAUAGCAGUUCAAGAACAUAAACUCAGACAAAAAAUUUCCCUGCUUUGUUUGAUGGAAAUGACAUUCAAACGACAAGCUAAAAACAGAUGUCUAUCAUUUCAAGAGAUUGCACGUGAGACACAAUUGUCAUUAGAACAGAUUGAAAUGCUGGUAAUGAAAGCAUUGUCAUUAGGUCUAGUCAAGGGUAAAAUCGAUCAAGUCAGUGAAGGUGUGUACUUGGAAUGGGUUCAACCAAGAGUGAUGAACAAAACGCCAAUAUCGGGUAUGAUCGGUAGACUGGACACUUGGUGUUCAGAAGUCAAGAACAUGCAAUACAGGAUGCAAGACGAAGCCCAAGAUUUUUUGAAAGUUUAA